AUGGUGGGCAACACCUCAACCGCACGGGCCCUCCACUUGCACCGAGCCCUCCACCAGCACCAGUCUCUACCAACAUCCAAGCACUCCACUUGCACCGAGUCCUCCACCUGCACCGGGCUCUCCACCUGCACAGGCUCUCCACCUACACCGAGCUCUCCCCCUACACCAAGCUCUCCAACUGCGCCGGUCUCUCUCCCUGCACCGAGCUCUCCACCUGCACUGGGCUCUCUGCCUGCACUGAGCUCUCCCCCUGCACCAAGCCCUCAACCUGCACUGGGCUCUCCACCUGCACAGGCUCUCCACCUACACCGAGCUCUCUGCCUGCACUGGGCUCUUCGCCUAGAUCGAGCUCUCCCCUACACCGAGCCCUCGACCUGCACUGGGCUCUCCACCUGCACCGAGCAUUCCACCUGCACUGAGCUCUCCCCCUACACCAAGCUCUCCAACUACACUAGGCUCUCACCCUACAUGAGCUCUCCACCUGCACUGAGCUCUCAACCUGCACUGAGCUCUCAACCUGCUCUCAACCUGCACUGA